AUGUCUGAGCUCAGGAGGAGUGUGCAGGAGGCAGAGGUACCCAGCAUCAACAAAGCAGAAGCUGCUACGACAAAGGAGCUGGAAGCAGUGUUGGAAGCUCUUGUCGAACCCCUUAAUGUGACGCACACAGCAUCACAGGAGGAGGUGCGGUUGAACCUGGACAAGUGGAAGGAGUCAAUCCAGAAAGAACUCUCGUCACUCUUGGGUCCAGGAGUUCUUGUGAGCCACAAAGGGCAAGAAGCAAGGGAUCGACUGAGCGAUCCAUCCACAACGGUCAUCCCGUUGAAGGGUGUCUUUACAGCAAAGCCCCCCUCGAGUCCAGCAGAGGGCCUCUACCGCAGGAAAUGCCGACUUGUCGGCUGUGGGAAUCAGGCGACCCACGUCGACGCUGACUCCCUUUACGCAGCCGGUGCUCCGGCAGAAGUGGUCAGAACGGUGCUGACCCAGGGAUGCCGUCAUCAGUGGUCGGCAUUCACAACCGACAUUAAGUCGGCGUUCACUCAGACGCCGAUCCCACCACAUGCAGCACGGCGCUACCUUCUCCGCCCACCACGUUGGAUGGUGGAACUGGGAUUGGCGGAGCCCGGCGAAUACUACUCACUGGGAAAGGUCCUGUAUGGAUUCAAGGAAGCCCCGGCGUGGUGGAGCGAACACAGGGACGCAAAGCUUCUUACGGCACGGUUCCUGGGUUGCCACCUGGAGCAGGGACAGUCGGAUACGUCCAUUUGGAGGAUCAUGCGCGGUCAGCAGUUGGCUGGCUAUCUUGUCACUUAUGUGGACGACUUCUUGAUUGUGAGCGACAGAGCUACUGCCAAUGGCUUGCACCAGUGGCUGCUCGAUGGAGCAGGUUGGCAAACGGAUGGCCUUAGUGAGGCCAAGCCUGGAUCACCAAUAAGGUUCCUGGGAAUGCAGCUUUGUGGGUAUGAGGAUGGACACUUCAGUCUAGACCAAGAGGCUUAUGUAGAUGAGCUUGUGAGGUCGUAUGCGCUGCCCGAGACUUCGAGGUCAAAGGUCGUUUGCCCCAAGGAGCUGUUGUUCAACGAGGGCGGUUCAGAGGACAAAGAACAGGACGAAAAAGUCGUUCGUGCGGCGCAGAAAAUCGCCGGUGAGUGCUUAUGGCUCUCGCAGCGCACGAGAGCUGACAUCGCCUAUACAACUGGAGUCCUAUGCUCUAUGGUGUCCAAGGAUCCACAUGGUGCGUUGGCAGUAGGGCGCAGGGUGCUUUCGUACCUAGCUCACACAAAGGGAUACAAGUUGCACUUGAUACCUGAUCCAGAAGCCCCACCAGUGCGAGUCUUUACAGACGCUUCUUUCUCCCCGCAGGGAGAGCACUCCUAUGGAGGACACAUCGUAGAGGUUUAUGGGGUGCCGGUGCUCUGGAGAGCAUCAAAACAAGCCCUGAUCUCUCUCAGCUCAGCCGAGUCUGAGCUGAUUCAGGCGGUGGAGGGAGCAACCUACGCAGAGGCCUUGAUGACGGUGUUGUGUGACCUCCGCAUCCCGUGCUCCGGUGCCGAGCUCAAUUUGGACAAUACCGCUUCCAUUUCCUUCAUCGAAGGGUCUGGGAAUCAGAGGACAAGGCACUUGAAGGACGAGAUAGGGACGAAUGCGGAGGAACCUGCCACCACAGGGGUGCCAACGGUGAGAAGAGUCACGGCGCAGACAUCUCCAUGCCUGACCGGCCUACUACUACUGCUCCAGUCCUGUGCGUGCCUUGGGGGCACGGAGGAGGAUGAUCAAGGGCCCGGGGUCGCGAUCGAGUGGCCAUGGGAGCUGGCGGUAGUCACGAUCAUGAUCGUGUUAUCCACCUUGUUCGUGUGGGAAGCUUCCGGGGCUCCCUGCAGGAGGCGUGCGCCAACUGAUGUGGCGCAAAUCCGUGCAGUGAAUGGUGAUCCUAGGACCAGACGAUCGAGGAAGCUACAGGAGAAGGUGAAGGAAGCCAUCGAUAGUGUGGUUAGCAGCCCAACCGAGGAUGAAGGAGGCUGCCGAGAUCGCGGAAGGAAUAAGUGCCCGAUUGGCUCGGCUGGCAGUGCCAGCUCAAGCACAGGCAGUCAAGGACCAACUGUGGUCUAUGGAGGAAUCAACAUGCUCGUGCACGGUUUCAUAGCACCGAGCUCAGCAGUGGACCUUGACCUCCGAAGCAGAGCGAGUUGCUGUGUUGCUUCAGCCAUGUUCGGGCGUCCUGUGUUCAAAACGGCGGAGGAGAUUCGAUCCGAAAAGCUCAAGCUUGAGCGGUGGCUCCGUGAACAGUACCAAGCAUAUCAGAAACAUGUUGAAGAACUUGACAGGGAAAAAGCGAGAUGGAGAGCUGACAGACCGAACGACAUCGUCUCUGGUGAGUCAGAUCCCGACGAGCCGCUGCCGGGGCUGUGGCCGGCUUGGGACUAUGAAGCCGACGGCCAUGAAGCCGACGGCGAGUAA